AUGCAACCUGAGCGGCCCGUUUGUGACGCGCUCUCUUGCUCCCUCGCAGCAAUGCGGGUCUCUCAACUCUUAUUCCUCAUCUCGCCGGCGCCCUCGCUUGCUGCUUCCGCUGCUGAUUGGGCCACAAGGUCAAUAUACCAACUUGUCACCGACCGUUUUGCUCUCCCUUCCUCUUCAGCGAGCGUCCCAUGCGACACCGGCAAUCGAACAUUCUGCGGCGGGUCAUGGACAGGGAUCACGAAUCACCUCGACUACAUUCAGUCCAUGGGGUUUGACGCUAUCUGGAUCUCGCCCAUUGCCACCAAUGUGGAAGGAACAGCAUAUGGCGACGGAUACCAUGGCUAUUGGUCGCUCGACAUCGACACGCCGAGUCCGCGGUUCGGAACAGCGGGCGAUCUCAAAAAGCUCAGCAAGGCGCUCCACGAACGCGGCAUGUACCUCAUGCUGGAUGUCGUUGUCAACCAUUUCGCUGCCCCACCACUGAAAAGCACUCCGACCUCGACAUUGUCAGCUCCAAGUAGUAUCUCCACAACCUCGCCGGAAUACGCAGCUUCGGCGGCUGACCUUAUCCUCAAUUACACCAACCUCGCACCGUUUUCCUCGCCCACUGAUUUCCACCAGCCCUGCUUUAUUAUCGACUACACGAACCAAAGCGAUGUUGAGCAAUGCUGGUUGGGAGACCCGUCGCUACCCUUACCGGACCUCAACACGGAGGAUAAUGAUGUCCAGCAACGAAUGUAUUCCUGGGUCAAGACGAUGGUGAAGGAGUAUGACGCGGAUGGAGUCCGAAUCGACACAGUAAAGCAUGUGAGGAAGGACUUUUGGCGGGGCUUUAGUGAUAGUGCUGGUGUUUUCACCCUCGGCGAGGUGCUUACCGAUAACGCCACAUACGUGGCGUCUUACAUCGGCGAUGCUGUCGAUGCUGUCUUGGAAUACCCGGCUUGGUAUGCCCUCAUCACUGCCUUUGCCAGCACGAACGGGAACCUUUCUGCUUUGCUCGCCACACCUUCGCUUAAUACUCUCGCUGCCUCAACGACGAGUCUGAAUGGCAGCGCUGCCCUUACUGCGUCGUUUUUAGAGAACCACGAUCAACCGAGGUUUCCAUCGUUGACUUCAGACACGGCGUUGCUUAUGAACGCGAUGGUCUGGCCAUUCGUUGCGGAUGGGAUACCUAUAUUGUAUUAUGGGCAGGAGCAGGGGUACCAGGGCGCUGUAGAUCCAAGCAAUCGGGAGGCACUCUGGCUCAGUGGGUAUAGGUCCGACAAGCCACUGGUGGCGCAUGUAACGUCUCUAAAUGCGGCUCGCAAGCUUGCGAUGGCAGGAAACAAGACGUUCUUGGAAAGAAGGUCGCAAUGGCUUCCGCAACCCGACCCCAGCUCCAUCAUGUUAUCCAAGCAUCCACUCCUCGCCCUCCUCACUAACAUUGGGGCCGGCACCAACAGUACCGCCCAACCAAGGUGGAGGAUACCUGCCGGUACCUACCCCGCUAACACCACCCUUGUCGACGUUCUUGCCUGCGAACGAGUCCAAAUUGGCAGUAACGCUACUGCCGACACGACGAUUUAUGCGACCGGGGGACUGCCGAAGGUGUUGCUUCCGGCGACGAUGCUGCACAAGAACGGGGGGGCAUGUCCGGCGCUGGCCAUGGGCAAGAGCGAUGCGGUGAGAAUCAGAAGCUGGCUGAGUGCUAUUGUUACCGUCGUAGCUGUUGUGGCUGUGGGGGUUCUGGGGAUAUCGUGA